UCACAUCCAUCAAAGCAAAUCUGGAAGGGAAGAACGAGCAUUAUCUCAGUUGCAGACAUGAGAAAACUGAGGAACCGAGGGGACAAAAGAUUUACGCGAAGACCUCUAAGCUGGUUUUGUGGAACAGCUGGGAGCAAAACCCUAGCUCCUUAGAAGUACAUUACCUGCUAUUUUCCAAAACAACAACAACAACAACAACAACAACGAAAACCAAACCUUGCUGUUUGGUACAGACACACUCUUCAUAAAGGGAAGAAAUGAGGUGGAUUUCUUUCCCCAAAGCAAAAGGACAACAAACGACCCUCGCCUCCAAAGCAAAGAUCUUUCCCUUCCAGUGACUGACACCUGGUUCAGGGCAGCCGAACCUUUGGCAUCUGCAACGCAAACGGGCCUUGGGUUGGACCCCAGCCUUUUGGCUCAGACCCAGCACCACCCACCCCUCCCCGCCUCGGGGGUGGAGCUGCCCCCACCCCCACCCCCAGCUGCCAGUUGAUAAACCUGGAGCCGAACCCUAGGAGCUGCUCCCAGGCACCUGGAGGGAGGGCGAGCCCAUAGCGCAUGCGCCCCUCGCCAUGGCGGCGCCGUCGAGGCUCCUCAUCCGUGGCGGGCGCGUGGUGAACGACGAUUCCUCGCAGGUGGCCGAUGUGCUGGUGGAGGACGGCGUGGUGCGAGCGCUCGGACGCGACCUGCUGCCGCCCGGGGGUGCGCCCGCGGGGCUGCGGGUCCUCGACGCCGCCGGCAAGCUGGUCCUGCCGGGAGGCAUCGACACGCACACACACAUGCAGUUCCCCUUUAUGGGGUCGCGCUCCGUCGACGACUUCCACCAGGGCACCAAGGCUGCCCUGGCAGGAGGCACCACCAUGAUCAUUGAUUUUGCCAUUCCUCACAAAGGCCAUUCCCUCGUCGAGGCCUUUGAGACCUGGAGAAGCUGGGCUGAUUCCAAAGUCUGCUGCGACUACAGCCUUCAUGUGGCAGUGACGUGGUGGAGUGACCAGGUUAAAGAAGAAAUGAAAAUCCUUACACAAGAGAAAGGUGUGAACUCUUUUAAGAUGUUUAUGGCCUAUAAAGACCUGUAUAUGUUGAGAGAUGUGGAGCUGUACACAGUCUUUUCUUGGUGCAAGGAAAUUGGAGCGAUUGCUCAAGUUCAUGCAGAAAAUGGAGACCUCAUUGCAGAGGGAGCAAAGAAGAUGUUGGCAUUGGGAAUAACAGGUCCUGAGGGCCACGAGCUGUGCCGCCCGGAAGCGGUGGAGGCAGAAGCCACGCUGAGGGCCAUCACCAUAGCCAGCGCUGUGAACUGCCCUCUCUAUGUCGUGCAUGUCAUGAGCAAGUCAGCAGCGAGGGUGAUAGCAGAUGCCAGGAGAGACGGGAAGGUGGUCUAUGGAGAACCCAUUGCAGCAGGCCUUGGCACAGAUGGCACUCACUACUGGAACAGAGACUGGCACCAUGCAGCCCACCAUGUUAUGGGUCCACCCCUGCGACCAGACCCUUCAACGCCUGACUUCCUCCUGAAUCUAUUGGCUAAUGAUGAUCUAACCACAACAGGGUCUGAUCACUGCACUUUCAACACCUGCCAGAAAGCUCUUGGAAAGGAUGAUUUUACUAAGAUUCCCAAUGGAGUGAAUGGUGUUGAGGACCGGAUGUCAGUAAUCUGGGAAAAAGCCGUGCACAGUGGCAAAAUGGAUGAAAACCGAUUUGUGGCAGUUACUAGCACAAAUGCAGCUAAAAUCUUUAAUCUCUAUCCAAGAAAAGGAAGAAUAGCUGUGGGCUCAGAUGCUGACAUUGUGAUUUGGGACCCAAAAGCUACAAGGACAAUUUCAGCAAAAACUCAUCAUCAGGCUGUUAACUUCAACAUCUUCGAGGGCAUGGUUUGCCACGGGGUGCCCCUGGUGACUAUUUCAAGAGGCAGAGUGGUAUAUGAAGCUGGAGUCUUCACUGUCACAGCAGGACACGGGAAGUUUAUUCCCCGUAAACCAUUUGCUGACUAUAUUUACAAACGGAUCAAGCAGCGGGAUGAGACAUGCGCACCUACCCCCGUGGAGCGUGAACCCUAUAAGGGAGAAGUCGUCACACUGAAAUCCAGAGGGACAGAAGACGACUCUACAGCUGGGACCAGCAAACAGGCCCACCACUGAGCCGGGGGCUGGCAGUAAGGAACAGUGGACAGAGAGUUUUUCUGUAACACAGCAUGUGAAAUUAGCAUAUCUCUUGCUUUGGAAGCAUUUGAAGAGUUCAAGGUCAAGGUCAAAAACUUCAAAGUAACGGAAGACUCAAGGAUAGUUUAGCCAAAGAGAAGACUGGUAAAAGGGCUCUUGACGUAGAACCCUUGGGUGAGCCUGCCAGGCUGAAGAAGGCCUUGGCCUGGCUAGAGAUUUAUUCUCUGAGAUGUUAGGAAGCACUCCUCAGAGGCUUGGAGAAUCAAAUGUGUGCAAGAGGCUGGUAACACGGAGGGACCUGUUAUUGAGGGAAGUUGGCACUGCUUCAAACAGAAAGUACAGGUUCAUAGUCAAAAUUUAUAAAUUGUUUACUCAGGACUUUAAAAAAAAUGAAUCUUUGUAUUGUAAAAGUAACUAUCUUCUGGAACUUAGAAUGAAUAAGAAAUGAAUCAAAUAUUGCUUUCAAGAAAAUUAUUUGAUAAUACUUCAUCAAAAAAUAUACUUAUUUCACACUUAAUUUUAUAAUAAUUUUAUGGAUAUGGUCAUUUACAAAUAUUUGAGUGCUUCAUUGAUUCUCAGUUUCUGAAAUUCAAAUCUUUCUUUUUGAAGCGCCUGUUACCAUCAUCCUUGUCGAUUUUCUUUUUCUUUUCUUCCCCAAUUUGUUUUCUGAUCCUG